UCAAGAAAGUGGAAUCUCCGAUAAACUCUCUCUAUCUGCUCGGCUUUUAUCAACUCAUAAAUCAUGUAGGUUGAUACUGAGUCUUGAACACCUGGUGAACUGGUGAGGAGUUCACAGUCUCCCAUUGAACGAGUGUUUGUAGGAUUUUCCAGACGGCAAAAAUGGCCGAGAAGAAAAUUGAAGGAUUCGGAGUUGAGUUGCAGAAAAUCGAGUAUAGCUCUAUUCUCGACUGGCUGGUGCGCUUCCAUGAUCCGGUGAACCUGUAUCGAGCACAUCCGUCGUAUUUCUACUGCCAGGCUGUUUUCCUCCUGGGAGCGCUAAUAAUCGCUGUUCACUGCAUUCGAAAGGGUGGGCGAUGGCCUUAUCUCUUCCUGGCAGCAAUCGGGCAGGGACUCGUCGUGGAAUUGCUGUCUUACUGGGUACCUCACAUCGAUAACUUUUGGCAAGGACUGGCGCCAGUCAUGUUCUUGGGCCUCAGACUCCCGCUAUACAUUAUCUUCCUCUAUCCUGUCUUCUACUACCACGCCUGCUGGGCAGUGUCCAAGCUCAAACUGCGCUGUGGCCUGGUCGAGCACUUGGCUGUGGGAUUGCUGGUGGUGCUCAUCGAUUUGCCUUACGAUAUCAUAGGCGCCAAGUUCGUGCACUGGAUCUGGCACGACACUGAUCCUAACAUCGAGCAUCGCCACUACUGGGUUCCCUGGAACUCAUACUACUUCCACGCCUGCUUCGCCGCCUUCUGGUCGUUCAUCUUCCACUCCUCUAGGCGCUGGAUGGUCGGCAAGAGCCUCCCGAAAUGGGAAGCUGGGCCAUUCAAGGCAGAAAUAUUCUCUGUCAUUCUCGCGUCUUUCCUGGGAAUGCCCGGAGGAUGUAUCUUCUUCAUCAUACUCUAUCAUCCCUUCCACGACCUCUUCAAUGUGCACUCAGAAGUCACAUCUGUGACUCUUCUAGUCAUCUUCAUGGUCAUCGUGUGGAAAUUCGACAGGAACUCCUUGAGAAACGGCAUCUUAGAGAAGAUGAAGCUUCUAGACUGGAUCUUGCUGCUUCAUCUGGUGCUGCACUACCUCACCUUCCUCUUCACGGCUGUCCUGUUCAAUCCAGAGGACGUGGUUGCGAUGGGACUCCAUGAGCCCGUUGGGGAUUGCGACAAGAUCGUGCCGGUGCACGGACUAUUCAAGACGCUGCAGAAGAGGCAGUUCCUCUGCGUGACAGACUACGAUGAGAAGUACUACGACUUCCACUGCCUGCCUGGAAAGAAGCUGCCCAAGGAGGGGAGCGUCUGGUACACAGUCUGCGGAUCACCAUUCGAAAAUCGCGUGGAGUACAUCUUGAUACUGUCGCUGAUCGCCUUCGUGGCGUUCGUCGUCUUCUCGUCUAUCCACCUGGACAGGAAGCAGCAAAGCGCUCCGGAAGCGUCCAAGAAGAAAGUCAAAGUCAAGUGA